AUGUACUCCCUCCUCGUCUCCUCCGUCUUCCUCGUCGUGCUGGCACAAUGCGGGUAUCCAGUGGCCGAGAACACCUACCCAACUGCCCCUCCGACCUAUCCGACUCCACCAUCCUACCCGCUCCCGAAGAAGUAUCCAGUUGCUCCGAGCUAUCCAAUCAAGCCGACGUACCCAUCUCCACCGACCGACUACGCCCAGAAGCCUUCCUAUUCCGCUCCUCCACCGCCACCAGCUCCAAUUCCGUCUGGAUACAGUUCCAACUCGUUCAGUGAUUCUGAAGUCGUCUCGGACUCUUCUGCUUCUGACUACAGCACUUCUGCUCCAAUCACUGAAUGUAAGCGAUAAAAAGUAGAUGAUCAGAUGCAGAUAUUCAAUGUUACAGACCGUCAACGCGCCAAGGCCCGCACUUCUCAGAACCGUAAAUUCCAGCGUCGUGCCCUCCAGCCAAUCCGUCGUUUCCAGCAGAAGAAACAAUAA